AUGCACCUCACUACAGUUGUCCUGUUCCUCUUCGCUGCAAUGGGCGCGGUAGCCACUCCCAUUGAGUCCGAGUCAUUCGGCCUCGAUGCCAGAGCUGAGGCUAGCACGCUAAUCAAAUACACUGGAAAAUGCACCAAAAGCAAGAACGAAUGCAAAUUCAAAGGCCAAACCAAAAAGAACACAUUUGUCAAGUGCCCUUCAUUCGCCAACAAGAGGUGCACCAAGGAUGGCAACUGGUGCCAAUUCGACAGUUACUCCCGCAAAGUUGAGUGUAAGUAG